AGGUGAAAUAUACAGUCGUCAUGUUCCAUACAUUUGAUUCCGCCAGCCAAACAUGGAUCUCUCGCUAUCCGGCUCCGGUGUUCGAUUCGAAUGCCAACCUCGGUCAGCUCAUCCUAGACGUUCUGGGCCGGAAUCCGCAAAAAGUGCUUCAAAUCGAUGCUGACACUUCGAGGGAACUAACAGCCGGGGAAAUGCGACUCCGAGCGAUACGGGUAGCGCAGAACUUGAUCGAACUUGGCUUCCGCAAUGACGACAUGGCAGCGGUCGUUUGUUCGAAUAGUGAAAAUUUGGCUCCGUUGGUGUUGGGGCUUUGGUUGGUGGGGAUUCCGUUCAUUAGUCUUCCGGUUGCAUUCAACGGGGACGAUUUGGGUUAUCUGAUGGGGUUGGUCCAGCCCAAGUUGGUGAUCUGUGAUGAUGGGGUGUACAAAGCGGUGCUGGAAGGUGCCAGGAAGGCACUGAAGAUGAAGCCGGUAGUAUUUGCCGUGGAGAGCGAGCUGGAAAGCAUCCGGAAGGCGGAGGAACUGCUGCAGGAGACCGGGAAAGAAGGGACGUUUGUAUCGCAGUACCACGGAGACAUGCGUGAGCUGAUCGGAAUAAUUCUGUGCACUUCGGGAACGACCGGACGUCCGAAAGGUGUAUGCGUAUCGCAAGCUCACAUCGCCGUAGUGCUUAGUCGACAUGUGACCGGAAAGGAUUCGGAUUUGGUGUUCAAUUUUAGCCCUCUGUAUUGGGGAACGGGGUUGUUUGCGCUGUUAAACUCGAUCUCAACCGGGACGACUCGGGUUGUGACAAGAAGCGGCUUCAACGAAGACGUAUUCUUUGACAUUUUGGAUCGUUAUCGACCGACGCACUUCUUCACGCCACCUUCGCAUGCAAUUUUGCUGCUGGAUCAUCCGCGAGUGGAGCAGGCUGAUUUCGGUUGUGUGAAGAGCUGGAGCUUGAGUGGAAGCCAUGCUUCAUCGGAGCUGCGCAAGCGGAUUGAGUCGAAGAUCCUUAAUGGGAAAACCUUCAAUAGCUACGCUUCGUCGGAGAUUGGUUUGAUAGCAAUGGAUACGAUGAGGAAGAAUGAAGGUAGCGUUGGGACGCUGAUGCCUCAUUUGAACGCCAAGGUGGUUGAUGAGCGCGGAGAGGCAGUAGGCGUCGGUGAGCAGGGUGAAUUGUUGCUACAGACGACGAUUCCGUUUAUGGGCUACUACAAAGAUGAGGAGGCGAAUCGUGAGUUGCUCGACGAAGACGGGUGGAUUCGUACUGGAGAUAUUGGCUACUUGGAUGAGGAAGGACUUAUCUAUUUGGUUGACAGGAAAAAGGAUGUCAUCAAGUAUCGAGGUUUCCAGAUGUCACCGGUGGAAUUGGAAGCUGUGAUUGGAAAGAUCGACGGCGUCCGGCAGGUUUGCGUUGUGGCCAUUCCGGAGAUGGAUGGAACGUCGGAUUUGGCUGCGGCAGUUAUUGUGAAACGGGAGGGCUCCGCGUUGACGGAGGAGCACGUAGUCCAGUUAGUCGAUGAGCAAGUAUCCGAUCAUAAGCGACUACGAGGAGGCGUUUUCUUCUGGACGGAGCUGCCACUGACGCAGACGGGGAAGGUGCUGAGGAGAGAGGUUCAGAAGCGUUUGAUCGAAGCGAAUCAGUUGGAAUAA